CAAACAUUUUCAAUCUUCCCACCAUCUUCCUUUUUCUUCGUUCUUGUGCUAUAAACAAUCGAUCGUAUAUCUGUAACCGCGUUGCUAGAUUUGUACAAAUCCACCUAAUACUUGUUUAUACGCAUCACCAAUUACUUCUGCAAAUCCGUGUUGCUUCUGUUUAAUUUGAUCGGUCGAUCGGGCGUUGGGAUUGUCGCAAGCGAUGUCGAAUUUGUACGGAGGCGCUUUCGGCGGCAACAAAGUCGACUACGUCUUCAAAACCGUGUUGAUCGGCGAUUCCGCGGUGGGGAAAUCGCAGCUGCUAGCUCGGUUUUCGAGGAAUGAGUUCAGUAUGGACUCCAAGUCCACGAUCGGAGUUGAAUUCCAGACGAGGACGGUUGAGAUCGAUCACAAAUCUGUCAAGGCGCAGAUUUGGGACACGGCCGGUCAGGAAAGAUAUAGGGCGGUGACCAGUGCAUAUUACAGAGGGGCAGUGGGGGCAAUGCUUGUUUAUGAUAUCACCAAGCGUCAAUCAUUUGAUCAUAUGGCUAGGUGGCUGGAGGAACUGCGGGGCAAUGCUGACAAGAAUAUUGUCAUUAUGCUUGUAGGAAACAAAUCCGACCUGGAAGCACAUCGAGAAGUAUCAACUGAAGAUGCUAAAGAGUUUGCCCAGAUGGAGAACCUGUACUUUAUGGAAACAUCAGCACUUGAGGCAACAAAUGUUGAACAAGCUUUCCUAACUGUCCUGACUGAAAUUUAUCGUGUUGUAAGCAAGAAAUCACUCGUUGCUAACGAAGCAGAAUCAGGAGGAAAAGAAGCACUUCUUCAGGGGACCAAGAUUGUCCUUCCUGGGAAGGAAACUACGCCUGCUGCAAGCAACUUUAGCUGUUGUAGAACAUCAUAGUCUAAUCUUCCAUUUUGGAGUUUUUGAGUAACAAAGCUGUGAAAAUGCUAGUGGCAUCAUCGUACGGGUAGCUAUAAGCUGUGGGGCACACUUUCUUGAAAACCUCUGAAUAAUGACUGGGCUUGCAAACCUGUGGAUUGUUGUAGGCCCCUGUGCAGCAGAACUGAGGCUGACCGAAAG